AUGACACCAACGUCGCCAUCACUAUCGAGUACUUCUAGGUCUACUUGUAGCUUGGAGUCGCAGCCAACGUCAGCUUCACUGGGUUUAACUAAUUACACUAUUAAUGAAGGUGUUGAGAGAUCUAUUCAGAGAAGAAAGCAUUUGGAAGAAAAACCAAACCAAGAGUUGAUCAAUUGUUUGAAUGAAUAUAUCUUUAGAGGUGAAGGUGGUGAAGGAGGCGAAGGUGGUAACUUUGGUGAUCAUUCACGAACAAAAGAUGGUAUUGAGUUUUUCAAUUUCCCUGUUAUUUUGAAAAUCCCUAUUGGGAGCAAAAAAAUGGAACAAGAUGUAAGAUACGUGAUUCUGCAACAUCUGAAAGUAUUCAUCGGCGAAAUAUUAGAAGAUAGCGAAAAGGGAAAAGUGUUCAAUAUUGGAUUUAAACAAAAAUCUAGUUUGGAAGAGUUGAUUUUUCAUUUGUAUGAAGAGAAUGUUGUUUUCCAAUUGGAUUAUUCAAAGUUUGUUUCAAAUCCGUGUGUGCUUUUUAUCAAGAACUUGUCCGGUGAAAUCGUAUUUGACCUGGAAGACUCUAGUGAUGCGGAUUUUAUCAUUUUGAAAAAAGAUGCCGUUGAACAAGGUUCAAAGAUGCACAAAUUGUAUAAAUUUUUGUAUGAUAACUGUCACUUUAAAUCUUUGGAAGAGGUGAAGUUGUUCAAGAAUGAAGCAGUGGGCCAUAAUAACAAUAACCAAAAUAACAAUAACAACAGCAACAACAACAACAACAACAACAAUAAUAAUAACAAUAACAGUAACAAUAACAAUAAUAACAAUAACAAUAACAAUAACAAUAAGCAUGCUGCACUUUCGAGCUCACUAUCAUCAAUCACUUCAUCCUCUUCCUCAUCAACAUCACCUUCCUUAUCCUCAGCAUUUGCAAUUGUCAAAUUUUCAAACCAUUUGGAUGUCGAUUUAUUGAUUGAAAAGUGUAAUCGCUUGGUUCCAAAUAUAUUCCAUGAAAAUCCCUAUGUUGCAUUGUUUUUGAACAAGUAUCUCAACAAGAGAGAGAGAAUGGCGUCAUUUGCAUCUAAUGCGCCGCCGCUACAACAUCCACAAGCACCACAUCCACUGUUGAAUCUAACUUUCAACAAAUUGUCUCUUUCUCUGUUUGGGAUGAAGCAACAGCAACAGCAACGGCAGCAGCAGCAGCUCCCCCUUCAGUACCCACUAAGAUCCACAGUUCCACCCCCAAUUGUAGCAUCUACCACUUCACAGGACCAUUUCUCUUUAAUCAUUGUUCAAAACUUGACCAAUUUCUUUCCCACGGACUAUAUCUCCAAGUUUCAAUUUGAAAAGUUUAUUGAUAAGUUUAAGAUGUUUGAAAAUAUAAUAGAUGCCAUAUAUUUCCCAGUCAAUCUAGUAGACAGUAGUAAUGGUGUUGUUAAAGAUGAACCACUAUCUUCAGGUAUUUCAUCCCAUACUCAUCAACGUUACAAGUUUAUGGAUUUCGGAUAUAUUCGAUUCAAGCCGGUUGUUAAUUUGGUUGAAAACACAUUGAGAAUAAUGUACUAUUUGAAUGGAUUAUCCUGGGACGAAUUUAAUCUGCUCGAUACAGGUAAUUUACCAGGCUUAAUGGAUAAUGUUGAGAAAGAAGAAGAAGAAGAAGAGGAGGAGGAGAAGGAGGAUGAAGAGGAGGGAGAGGAGGAUGAAAAUACCGUUAAAGAGAAAAUGAAGAAGCUAAGCAUCACUUUAGCCCAACACAAACAUAAUUUUAAUUUAUUCUCCCUGGCAAAUCAGUAUUUUUUGAGUUUUAGUAAUUUGAAUAUACCAGCCACACCAACUAACAAGACACCAACUUUACUGGUUAUCAAUAUCGACUACCCAAAUCCAAUUUAUACUAUAAAUUCAUUUAUACGUGGUGUUAAUUAUCAAGAGACUAACCUUUAUGUCAAUAAUCUACUGCAAGUUUUCCAAAACGACGAUUUGACGUGGGGGUUAUUUUGGAAACAAUUUGGUUGCAUUAAAUCUGCCAAGAUUAUCAAGCCGCAUUUUUAUGCAAAUCAGGGCAAAAAUAGAGAAGGAGGGAAUGAAGAAAGGGAGGAAGAGAGCAAUGAUGAUGAUGAUGAUAAUGACGAUGAUAAUGAUGAGAGAGACGAGGUAAACGAAAAUGAAGAGUAUUCAGAAGGCACAGAGGUGGAACCUAAGAAGAAUGGACGCAUUGGGUUUAUUUUCUACAAGACUUUCAAGAUGACAAUCCGAGCAAUAUUAAUGACAAACAAUAAGAUUGUUCGAGUAAAUCAACAACACCCCCAAAAUUACCAACUGCAACUGCAACUGCAACAUCAUCUGAGUUAUCCAAUCUUAAUUCAGUCUUCAUUUGCAAUACAAAAAUCUAACACAAGUAACAUCAAUAAUAAUCAGUAUCGAUUUGGGUAUAGUCCCACAAUCAGUAAGUUUGUUAUUCCUUUGGGGAAUGCGGGAACAAUGCCUAAUUUACCCAAUGCAAAAAUAAAGUCGACUUCUAGAGAUUAUCUUUUGAGAAGUGGCAAUGCUCCUAGGUCAAAUGGUGGCGGCGCAACUCCUGAAGGUGUUUAUUACGCCUAUCAGCCAAUGAUGCCUUACUACUACGGGUACCAUAAUCCAUGCAUGUAUGGAAACAAUCAAGUGGCUACACCUAAUCCAGCAAGAACUAUACCGAAUCAAGCGACAAAACUUCCUAUGUAUGUCAUACCCCCACCACUCCAUCCCCCUCCACAUCCGCACCCACAUCCACAUCCACAUCCACAUCCACAUCCACAUCCACAUCCACAAUUACCUCAACACUUGCACUUUCAUCCACAACAACACCAACAACAACAACUGCAGCAACAGUUGAACUUCCCAGUUGGUGGUGCUCAUAUCAUUCCUUCUAGUGCCGUAUCCUUGGAUAAAUCCUAUAAUAGUUAUGGUAAUAAUGGUGGAAUAAAUGGAGAGAAUUCCCCUACUACAAAUUAUUAUUAUUAA